AUGUCUGGCACCGCUGAGCUUGUCAAUGACUCUUCGGAGCCAAAGAUCCACGAGACACAGGCUAUUGCGUUGCCAUUGAGUGAUUCAGACUUGGCGGUCGACCUUCCACCAGAUGGUGGAUAUGGCUGGGUCUGCGUCGCGUCCGUCUUCAUCAUCAAUGGCUUCACUUGGGGUGUUACUGCUUCAUACGGCGUCUACCUCGCCCAUUACCUGUCCGCCAACAUCUACCCAGACGCAUCCAGCAUCGACUUCGCUUUCAUCGGCGGUCUCAAUUUCUCCAUGGCUAUGCUUGUAGCUCCUGUCGUCACGAUCCUUGCGAGGAGGUUCGGGACGCAGACACCCAUGCUAUUUGGAGCGGUGCUGCUAGCGGCCGGUUAUAUCUCUGCGUCCUUUGCUCAUCGUAUCUGGGAGCUUUUUCUUUCUCAAGGCGUGCUCGUCGGCUUUGGCGUUGGAUUCGUAUCCAUCCCAAGUAUUGCGAUUCUAUCGCAAUGGUUUGAGAAGAAGCGCAGCCUAGCGAGCGGCAUCGCUUCAGCUGGCUCAGGCAUAGGAGGCCUGAUUUUUUCAUUCGCAACACAGGCUAUGAUCGAGAACAUCUCUUUGGCAUGGUCCCUCCGCAUCACGGGGAUCAUCGCUGGCAUGAUGAACGUGGUAGCUGCGUUGAUGAUUCGAAAUCGCAACAAGGCUAUCAAGCCUCCCCAGCGUGGAUUCGAUACGAAGUUGCUGCGUAGGUACGAUGUGUUCCUGUUGCUUUCCUGGGCAUUCGUCAGCAUGCUCGGCUAUGUCACUAUCCUGUUCUCGCUUUCGGAUUUCGCACGCUCGAUUGGGCUUUCAGCCAGCAAGGCAGCUGCUGUAUCUGCGUUCCUCAACUUAGGCACUGCGGUUGGACGGCCGUUGGUUGGAGUAGCCAGCGAUUACUUUGGUCGCAUGGAGACAGCUGGAGUGCUGACGCUGAUUUGCGGUUUCACGUGCUUCGCUAUCUGGCUGCCUGCAACAUCGUACGGGGUGACUAUACUCUUCGUCAUUGUUAGCGGAGCCUUCUUUGGCGUCUUUUGGAUGACCAUCGGACCCAUCUGCGUCGAAGUUGCUGGUUUAGUGGAACUGGCUUCUUUGCUCUCUCUAUCAUGGAUGUCGGUCGUAUUACCCACGACUUUCGCAGAAGUCAUCGCACUUGAGCUUCGUCGUCCCGGGUCCAGGCGUGAUUAUCUCUAUCCUCAGAUCUUUGCUGGUUUGGCGUAUAUUGUGGCCAGUGGGUGUAUGUAUGAGCUGCGACGGUUCAAGCAGAAGCAGAAGUGGCGGGAAGCCUGCACGUGA